AUGCAAACAAAAAAAAUGAGAGGAAGAUUCCAAAAAGAUUCUAAAGAACAAAUUAAAUUUCAAUAAAACUACUUUUAAGAAGUCAGCAAAAUUGUAGAACUUUCUAAACAUAAAUAAUAAUCAAGGCUGUUUGAUAAUAUACAUUUUUAAACAGAACAAGAAAAUUAUAAUCCCAUAACUAAUAAUUUAUCAGAUAAUUAACAACUAGAUGAAAGUUUUAGGAGUAGUAAUAGUUCUACAGAAAGAAACAUAAAAAGUUUAAAUAAUGAUGAAAGAAUCUAAGAUGUUGAAAUUAGCUCUGAAAGUGAAAUGGUUGAUGAGGAUAAAAAAAUUGAAGAUAAAAGUGAUUCAAAUAAUUGUGAUAAUAAUGAAAGUGAUUAUGAAUUUAAUGAGUAAGAAAUAAUUAAUGAGUUUGAGAAUUCUAACAAAUAUGAAUAAGAUUAUGAUUAUGAUUAUGGAUAAUAAAUUAAUUAGGAAAAACUAUCAGGAGAAGUUUAAAAAUAGAAAGAGAAGAGCUCAAUGAAGAAAUAAAGCAAAGAAGAUAUUCUUAUUGAAGAACUCAAGCAAAAAAUUGAUUAUUACAAAUUUAACAAGGAGUAAUACUUAAACAUAUUGAAAGAUUUUAAAUUAUUAGAAACUGAUUAAAUAAAGACAAAUCAAAUUUAAUUAGAAAAUAAUGGUUCAUAAAUAUUAUGUGACAAUCAUUAGGAUAUAGAUGAUAUUAAAUACAAAGCAAUUCUAUUUAUGAAUUAAGUUUUUAACAAACAGUACAAUAGAAUAAAUUUAGAAUACUAAACUAAGGAUAUUAUCAACACAAUGAGCUUAGAAGAAGGUGAUUCAAAUAGUUCUAUUUACAGAUCUUGCUAAAUGUAUUAAUUUUUUUCUAAUUAGGAAAUUGAUGGUUUAAAUUAUUUUGAAUUCAGCGAGAGUACCUUGAAAUAGCCUGACCAAUUUAAAAUAAAUUUACAAGAAAAACUAAGCAAUGAAAAAAGAUUAAACUUUAUUAAUUUUGAAUUAGUGGGUCAAAUAAAUAAAAAAUUUAUUGAAAAGAUUGAUUCAAAUGAACUUAUCUUUGAUUUAAUGCCAUCGACUGUUGAUACUAAAGUAAUAACUCUAUAUUUUGACAUAAAUAAUAUGCUUAGCAUAUUGCUUGCUGCAAAUUGCAUAGCUUCAACCUUUAACUUUAAUAUAGUAAAUAUACAAGGGGAUGGAUAUUUAAAAAAGUAGGAAAGGAAUACUUACCAAACCUACUUAUAACUUUUAUUUGAUUCUAUAAUCUAAUAAAGAGCUAUUUAAAGUUUUUAGAUAUAAAAUAUACCCUUUUUUGCAAAGCCUUUUAUAAAAUCUCUUUAGAAUAUUGAUUUAGGAUUUACUUACAUUUAGAAUUUGUCAAUAUAGAGCUCUAUUUGUGAAUAAGAAUAGCUAAGUUUGCUAAAUAUUUUAUCUUAGCUUCCAUACUUAAGCUCUUUAGACAGUACAAGAUUUAUAUUAGAUACAGCAGAAAAAAUACAGGCUUUCAAUAGUGUAGUCAGAAAAUUAGUGUCAGCUGAUAUAAGAAUUGAUUACUUACCUAAAAACUUUGAUUUUGUAUUCUAAUUUGAGAACUUGAAGUAUCUCAAAAUAAUACUAGGUAUUUAAAAGUUAUAAAUUACCAAUAGAAAAAUAGACAACUUUUUUAAAUCAAUUUCUUCAUGUUCGAGUCUAAAAUUGUUAGUUGUUAAUUUCUAUCUAACUAAUUAUAAUAAGUAAAAUAAAAGUAAGAAAAAUGAGAAAAAUAGAUCAGAUCAAGAAUAAAUGUAUGAUAAUAAUGAGGAUGAUGACAUUGAAUCAGAAGGAUAUGUUGAUGAUCAAGAUGAAAACUAUGAUUAAGACGAAUAUUAAGACUGUUAAUAAGAAGAUUAUGAUGAUAAUGGAAGUAACUAUUCAGAUUAAGAAGAUAGCGAUAAACAGGAGAAAGAGUUAGAAGAAGAAGAGGAAGAAGAAAUUAUGUAAGAUGAAAUAAUUGAAAAUUAUUAGAAUGGUUUAAAGAAUAAUUAAUCUUACAAAUUAUUAAAUCAUUUAAAUAACCUCAAAGAACUUCAUGAGAUUGAUCUUGAUAUUGAGAUAAGCUAAUUAUUAGCUGACAAUUUGUUAGAAUUCCUUCAAAAAAAUAAGUUUUUGAAAAAGUUUUGUUUAAAAUCAAACGAAAAUUUUACAACAAAUUAAUACUAUUAAGCAUUUCUUUAUGAAUUUAAAUAAAUUAAAUCUGCUAGAGUGGACUUUAAAAAUAUAUUGGGCAUUAUUGGCUGCCAGUAAAAUUUAGAGAUGGUGAAUUUAAAGCUAGGUAAUUAUUAAAUUUAAUAUUAAAAAUGUAAUCAAGUUGAAAAUAGCUCUAAAAUGCAUUUAUAACAAAAGGUACAAUCUGAUAUGCUAAAUAUGUAUAAUCCAAUUUUUUUUAAAUUGAGUAAUUUGAUAGAAUUUAAAUAUGAUUCAAACAACAAAAAUAUGAAAACCCAUGAGUAAUUAAAUUUAUUACUUUCAUCUCUACAAGCAUCUGAAAAAUUAUAGAAGAUCAGUAUUAAUAUUUAAGAUACAUAAAAUUACGAAUCAGAAAUUACUGGAGUAAUAACUCCAAUUAAUUAAGAAUGUCUUUUGUUUUAAAAAUUAAAUAAUUUCAGAUUCUUAAAUGAUUUACAGUUGAGUAUUAAAUUUGAUGAAACCUUGUUUAAUUCGUUAAGUGAACUCAUCUUAGCAAAUAAAAAUAUCAGAAUUAUCAAUUUAUAAGGUGAUAAUAACUACAAUUAAACAUAUAGAGAAUAAAAUUGCAAAGGAUAUGGAAACCUAAUUAGAAGUUUAAGUACUUCAUUUUUAUAGUCUGUGACAGUCAACUUCCUUUUUUCAUGUAAUAAUAAUAAUUUUUAUAAGAAGUUUGAUUUAAAAAAAUAAGAGGAAUUAAAAGAAAAACAUAUUAAGGAGAUUGAAAAUGAAAUUGUUAAUCCCUUGAUAGAUUUUAUAGAAAAUAAAAGUAGAAAAUUAAAGAACCUCACAUUCUUUGAAUAACUAGAUAAUGAACUCCACAAUAAAAUAAUUUUAGGCUCUCUAUUGAAAGAUAUCUAGCCUAUAAAAAUCGAAUUUAAUAAAAUUAUGAAAAUGUAACUUUCCACAUCUGAAAAUUUGAAAAGUUUAUAUUAAUAGUGCUUAGAUAAAAUGGUUAUUGCUUGA